AUGACCCGCCGCAUGCGCCAGCAAACCGCUCUCCUAGCGGCACCCCGCCAAGAAAAACGAGCCCAAUCCAACCAGGAAGAAAUUGACACGGAAACUAUGCCGCAGCCGCAGCCGUUGAAAUUUUCCAAAAUCGGCCGUCAUGCCCAUAAGGCAGCCCCCACAGCGCAGGACAAGACUGAUACCAAGGAGGACCAAACCACGAUUGCAACAACGACGAUGCAGCCACCCCGUGUUUCCGCGAGCACUGACACUCCAGUACCCAUGUCGAUGCUCGCUACCAUGACCGCCAUCGCGCAACCCUCUGUACCUCAACAGAUCGACAGCACGAUCCCCCAUGAUGCUCGAACAACCCCUUGUCCCAUGUCAGCAAUUCGUAGGACCUCUGGAGCAUAUGAGGCUCCAGGACGGGAUGAUAUCCCGCUAGCAGAGAUGCUUGCCAGGAUCCAAGGACUCACAAAGGAACAACAAGUACAGACGCUCGUGACGCUGUCCAAGUACAUUGGCUUUCAAGAGGAGCCGCCGAAACAAGGCCAGACAAGCAUCUCAGGCCCGAUGAGUCCCGCCCCACAGAUGAAUACCGACAUUCGAGCUAACCACCAGACCUCUGGCAGAACCGAGCCGCACACCGAUGGCAUAGCGAAGCGUAACAGAAGCAUUGAACGCGCUCUCGAGGAGCCUCAGUUGCAACACCCCCUGCACCUAACACUGCACAAUAAAGCGGAGAUGUGGGAGCAGAUGGAGCACUUCAUCCCUGAUGACCAGCUACCUCUCGAGCCCGCUACUCCUCUGCAGCAGACCAGACCAGCACAGGAACCCGGGGAAUACCAGACCGAUGAGGAAAUCUCCCCGAGGACCUCCUCUCCCCUCUCUCAAUCCGAUGACCCCUUCCUCCCCUCCUCCCCCACUGAGGACUGCGUGCAAAGGGACCCCCACCGUCUCAUACCUCACCAGCCGAAGGUCCAACUCGAGAGCGCCCUGGCACUCCCUGACACCCAGACACCCGACAUCGCGCCUGCUCCAAACGUUCCACCCGUGGAGCCGAGAAGGAAAGGCUUGCAUGCCACGACGAUGAAAGUGGACACACCGCACCCGCGCACAGGACAUUUCCUAAAUGUGCUGAAGGACUCAUCCCACAUGCAUAUCAUUGCCCAGAUCGCGGCAGCUAACCAGCAGCCAACGCAACCAGAGGACAAAGUGGACCCUCAAGUAACUAGUAAUCUGCAGGACGCCACAUCUCGCGUGGACCUUAUCACCCAGAUAGCCGCCGCUGCCCAACACCAGACACAGCCGGUGGCUACAGCAGUUCCGAACGCUCUGGCUCUGACUCUCACGCCGACACCUGCGGAGGGCUUCCCUGACAUCUAUGGGCACCAGCCGUGCUUCUUCAUCGACAACCUGGCGCGUGACCUGAUGGAUGCCUGGGGCAAGCACGACAUGGCCCGUGUUGCUAUCAUGCCGCUAGGAUCAAGCACAAAUGACCGAGUUCUCCAACCAUACCUGAUGACGAAGAUCGCGAAAACCUUAGAAUGCGCACACCAGAUCCCCGAAGUCAUGAUGAACCACCCGUGCCCGCUCUACGACUCUAAGCUCAUCAACAAUGCCCCCUACUCCUUCGUUGCCUUCAACAUAAUGAAGUCCCAGAAGAGAGACAUCAUCGCGCAGUAUUGCUACCUGACCUCUGAGGUCGCCUUCGUUGCAAUGGACUUCGUCUGGGAGGUGUCGCAGUAUGUAUGCACCUUUGCAGGCUUCACCAACCACUCCUUCCAGGACAUCCUGAAGCUCAUCCUCGACUGCCUCGUCAACCCGCAGAGCAUCCAACAGCUCCUCGGCAUAGUCAGAUAUGAUGCCCGAGGUCAAAAGCUGUAA